AUGGGGCUGCCACUAGCCCGUCUGGUGGCCCUCUGCCUGGCUCUGACCUGGGCUGGGGGCACGGAGCUCCGGAGAGAAGGCAGGACCCGGAACCACGGCCACAACGUCUGCAGCACCUGGGGCGACUUCCACUACAAGACCUUUGACGGCGACGUCUUCCGCUUCCCUGGGCUGUGCGACUACAACUUCGCCUCCGACUGCCGGGACGCCUACAAGGAGUUUGCUGUGCACCUGAAGCGGGGCCCCGGCCGCAGUAGGGGCCCCCCCCAAGUGGAGUACAUCCUGCUGACCAUCAAGGACGACACCAUCUACCUCACCCCCCAGCUUGAGGCGGUGAACGGAGCCGCGGUCAGCGCCCCGCACUACAGCCCCGGGCUGCUCAUCGAGAGGAGGGACACCUACACCAAGGUCUAUUCCCGCGCCGGCCUCACGCUCACGUGGGACCGGGAGGACUCGGUCAUGCUGGAGCUGGACAGUAAGUUCCGGAACCACACGUGUGGCCUCUGCGGUGACUACAAUGGCCUUCAGAGCUACUCUGAGUUCCUCUUGGACGGUGAGGGUGUGCUCUUCAGUCCCAUCGAGUUUGGGAACCUGCAGAAGAUCAACAAGCCGGAGAUGGUGUGCGAUGACCCCGAGGAGGCUCCGGCCUCCACGUCCUGCUCUGAGCACCGCGCUGAGUGUGAGCGGCUGCUGACGGAUGCGGCCUUCGAGGGCUGCCAGGGCCUGGUGCCGCUGGAGCUGUACGUGCAGGCCUGCGUGCAGGACCGCUGCCAGUGCCCGCAGGGCGCCUCCUGCACCUGCAGCACCAUCGCCGAGUUCUCCCGCCAGUGCUCCCACGCCGGGGGGCAGCCGGGGAACUGGAGGACCGCCUCGCUCUGCCCCAAGAGCUGCCCCGGGAACAUGGUUUACCUGGAGAGCGGCUCGCCCUGCAUCGACACCUGCUCGCACCUGGAGGUCAGCAGCCUGUGUGAGGAGCACCGCAUGGACGGCUGUUUCUGCCCAGAAGGCACUGUGUACGAUGACAUCAAGGGCAGUGGCUGCAUCCCUGUGAGCGAGUGUCACUGCAAGCUGCACGGACAAACGCACGAGCCCGGAGAGCAGGUCACCAACAACUGCGAGCAGUGUGUCUGCAAAGCCGGCCGCUGGGUGUGUCAGGACCUGCAGUGCCCCGGGACCUGUGCCCUGGAGGGCGGCUCCCACAUCACCACCUUCGACCGGAGGAAGUACACAUUCCACGGGGACUGCUACUACGUGCUGACCAAGGGCACCCACGACGACUCCUACGCCCUCCUGGGCGAGCUGACUCCCUGCGGCUCCACGGACAAGCAGACCUGCCUGAAGACGGUGGUGCUGCUUGCCGACAACAAGAAGAACGUGGUGGCCUUCAAGUCAGACGGCAGCGUGCUGCUGAAUGAGCUGCGGGUGAGCCUGCCGCACGUGGCAGCGAGCUUCUCCAUCUUUCAACCGUCCUCCCACCACCUCGUCGUGACCACCGCCUUCGGCCUCAGGCUGCAGGUGCAGCUGGUGCCCGUCAUGCAGCUCUUCCUGACGCUGGACCAGGCCGCCCAGGGGCGCGUGCAGGGCCUCUGUGGGAACUUCAACGGCCUUGAAAGUGAUGACUUCCAGACGCCCGGUGGGCUGGUGGAGGCCACGGGCGCCGGCUUCGCCAACACCUGGAAAGCACAGUCGAGCUGCCAAGACAAGCUGGACUGGCUGGACGACCCCUGCUCCCUCAACAUUGAGACCAGCUACGCUGAGCACUGGUGCUCCCUGCUCAAGAAGAAGGAGACCCCGUUUGGCAGGUGCCACUCUGCCGUGGACCCAGCCGAGUAUUACAAGAGGUGCAAAUAUGACUCGUGCAACUGCCAGAACACAGAGGACUGCAUGUGCGCGGCCCUGUCCUCCUACGUGCGCGCCUGUGCCGCCAAGGGCGUCAUGCUGUGGGGCUGGAGGGAGCGCGUCUGCAACAAGGACGUGGGCUCCUGCCCCACGUCGCAGGUCUUCCUCUACAACCUGACCACCUGCCAGCAGACCUGCCGCUCGCUGUCCGAGUCCGACACCCACUGCCUCAAGGACUUUGUGCCCGUGGAUGGCUGCGGCUGCCCCGACCGCACCUUCCUAGAUGAAAAGGGCCGCUGCGUGCCCCUGGCCAAGUGCUCCUGCUACCACCAUGGCCUCUACCUGGAGGCGGGGGAGGUGGUCCUGAGGCAGGAGGAGCGAUGCGUUUGCCGGAACGGGAGGCUGCAUUGCAUACAGGUCAAGCUGAUCGGCCAGAGCUGUACGGCCCCGAAGAUCCACGUGGACUGCAACAACCUGACGGUGCUGGCCAUCCAGAAGCCCAGGCCCAUCAGCUGCCAGACGCUGGCUGCUGGCUACUACCAGACGGAGUGCGUCAGCGGCUGCGUGUGCCCCGAGGGGCUGAUUGACGAUGGCCGGGGCGGCUGCGUGGUGGAGAAGGACUGCCCGUGCACGCACAACAAGGAGCUGUACUCCCCUGGGGACAAGAUCCAGGUGGACUGCAACACCUGCACCUGCCAGAAAGGGCGCUGGGCGUGCACACAGUCCAUAUGCUACGGCACCUGUGCCAUCUAUGGGAGUGGCCACUACAUCACCUUCGACGGGAAGUACUAUGACUUUGAUGGACACUGCUCCUACGUGGCCGUUCAGGACUACUGCGGCCAGAAUUCCUCCCUGGGCUCCUUCAGCAUCAUCACCGAGAACGUCCCCUGUGGCACCACGGGCGUCACCUGCUCCAAGGCCAUCAAGAUCUUCAUAGGGAGGACGGAGCUGAAGUUGGAGGACAAGCACCGCAUGGUGAUCCAGCGGGACGUGGGCCACCACGUGGCCUACACCACGCGGGACGUGGGCCAGUACCUGGUGGUGGAGGCCAGCGUUGGCAUCAUCGUCAUCUGGGACAAGAGGACCACCGUCUUCAUCAAGCUGGCCCCCACCUACAAGGGCACCGUGUGCGGCCUGUGCGGAAACUUCGACCAGCGAUCUAACAACGACUUCACCACGCGGGACCACAUGGUGGUGGACAGCGGGCUGGACUUUGGGAACAGCUGGAAGGAGGCCCCCACCUGUCCGGACGUGAGCACCACCCCUGAGCCGUGCACCCUGAACCCCAACCGCCACUCCUGGGCCGUGAAGCAGUGCAGCAUCAUCACAGACCGGGUCUUCCAGGCCUGCCACAGCAAGGUGGACCCCAAGCCCUUCUACGAGGCCUGCGUCCACGACUCGUGCUCCUGCGACACCGGUGGGGACUGUGAGUGCUUCUGCUCCGCCGUGGCCUCCUACGCCCAGGAGUGCACCAGGGAGGGGGCCUGUGUGUUCUGGAGGACUCCCGACCGGUGCCCCAUAUUCUGCGACUACUACAACCCCCCGCACGAGUGCGAGUGGCACUACGAGCCCUGCGGGAACCGCAGCUUCGAGACCUGCCGGACCAUCAAUGGCAUCCACUCCAACAUCUCUGUGUCCUACCUGGAGGGCUGCUACCCCCGGUGCCCUAAGGAAAGGCCCAUCUACGACGAGGACAUGAAGGCAUGUGUCACAGCGGACAAGUGUGGCUGCUACAUCGAGGACACUCGCUACCUACCGGGGCAGUCUGUGCCCACAGAGGAGAGAUGCUACUCUUGUGUGUGUACCAAUUCCUCGCAAGUUGUCUGCUGGCCAGAAGAAGGGAAGGUUGUCAUCAGUACCCAGAACGGCUCCUUCUGCUACCGGGAGGUCUGCGGCCCCAACGGGACGGUGGAGAAAGACUUCAGCAUCUGCACGUCCGCCUCCCCACCGUCGUCCCCCUCAACACUCACCACCAGCACCUCUGUCACCUCCACCCCCUCCUCGACCACCACCACCACCACCACUGUGUCCUCCAGCACAGAGCCGCCCUGCUUCUGGUCCGACUGGAUCAACAAUGACCACCCCAGCCUCGGCAGUGACGGUGGAGACCAAGAGACGUUCGACCACGUCUGCGAGGCCCCCGAGGACAUCCAGUGCAGGUUGGCGACGGAGCCCCACCCCAGCUGGGAGGAGGUGGGCCAGAAGGCUCAGUGCAGCGUCUCCUCCGGGUUCAUCUGCAAGAAUGAUGACCAGUUUGGAAACGGACCUUUUGGGCUCUGCUAUGACUACGAGAUACGAGUCAAUUGUUGCCGGCCACCAACCACCGCCCCCCCACCACCAACCACCACCCCCACCCCACCAACCACAACCCCCACCACCACACCAACUACCAUCACCACCACCCCACCAACCACAACCCCCACCACCACACCAACUAUCACCACUACCUCCCCACACACCACCACCACCACCCCUUCCCCAACCACCACCCUCACUCCCCCACCCCCUAGCACCACCACCCCACCAACCACCACCCCCACCACCACCCUCACCCCCACACCCUCUACCACCACCACCCCACCAACCACCACCCCCACCACCACCCUCACCCCCACACCCUCUACCACCACCACCCCACCAACCACCACCCCCACCACCACCCUCACCCCCACACCCUCUACCACCAUCACCCCACCAACCACCACCCCCACCACCACCACUCCCACCUCAACAACCACCAGAGCACCCACUACAUGUUUCCCAUGCUGCCAAUGGACUGGCUGGUGGGAUUCUGGUAAACCAGACUUUACCAAAGAAGGUGGAGACAUUGAGUCCCCAGAGAAGGUCUGUACGUUGGGCUGGGUGCAGAACAUCUCCUGCAGAGCUACCAUGUUUCCCGACGUUCCCCUCGAAAAGCUUGGACAGACUGUCACCUGUAACACCUCUGUUGGGCUCAUGUGCCAAAACCGUGAUCAGAAGCCAGGGGGAGCCACCCACACACCUUACUGCCUCAACUAUGAGAUCAAUGCCUACUGCUGUGCUUGGACUCCAACUCCAACCACCACCACCACAGAGACGCCAACCCCCACCACUACCACAACCACAGAGACCCCAACACCAACACCUACCACCACAGUGACCCCACCACCACCAUCCACCGCCACCUCGACAGGGACUCCAACUCCGACCACUACAGAGACGCCAACCACAACACCCACCACCACAGUGACCCCAACACCACCACCCACCACCAAGACCCCAACACCAACACCUACCACCACAGUGACCCCACCACCACCAUCCACCGCCACCUCGACAGGGACUCCAACUCCGACCACUACAGAGACGCCAACCACAACACCCACCACCACAGUGACUCCACCACCACCACCCACCACCACCUCAACAGGGACUCCAACUCCGACCACUACAGAGACGCCAACCACAACACCCACCACCACAGUGACCCCAACACCACCACCCACCACCAGUUCAACAGGGACUCCAACUCGCCCCCCCUCCACACCCACACCCACUCCCACGACUGUGUCAACGACUCCCACGGUAACUCCCACACCAACAGGAUCCCCGUCGACCACACCGCCCACACCACAGACCACCAGCACCUUGACUUCCAGUGUGUCCACCCCGACGGUGACCCCAUUAACUUCCCCCACCACCAUGAGCACCUCCUCGGUCCCCAGCUCCUCCCAAAAAAGAUGCUGCUAUUUGAAUGACACGUACUACGCACCAGGUGAGCUGGUGUACAACGGCACACACGGAGACACCUGCUAUUACGUGAACUGCUCCCUAGAGUGCACCUUGGAGAUCUUCAACUGGUCGUGCCCGUCCACACCCUCCCCAACGCCCAGCCCAUCCACCCCCAGCCCCCAGCCAUCCACGACAUCCAGAGCGAUAACCACCAGCAAGCCCCCUGCGUGCCCAGACUUCGAUCCCCCCCGACAGGAGAAUGAGACCUGGUGGCUGUGUGACUGCACCAUGGCCACCUGCAAGUACGACAACAUCGUGGUGCUGGAGAAGGUGAAGUGCGACCCCCCGCCGAUGCCCACCUGCUCCAAUGGCCUCACGCCCGUGCGUGUCUUGGACCCCAACAAGUGCUGCUGGCACUGGGAGUGCGACUGCUACUGCACGGGCUGGGGGGACCCGCACUACGUCACCUUCGACGGGCACUACUACAGCUACCAGGGCAACUGCACAUAUGUGCUGGUGGAGGAGAUCGCCCCCACCGUGGACAACUUUGGGGUCUACAUCGACAACUACCACUGUGAUGUCAGGGACCAAGUGUCCUGCCCUCGCACGCUCAUCGUGCGCCACGAGACCCAGGAGGUGCUGGUCAAGACCGUGCACAUGAUGCCCAUGAGGGUGCAGGUGCAGGUCAACAGGCAGGUUGUGGCGCUGCCCUACAGGAAGUACGGGCUGCAGGUGUAUGAGUCAGGCAUCAACUACGUGGUGGACAUCCCGGAGCUGGGCGCCGUCAUCUCCUACAACGGUCUCUCCUUCUCCAUCCGGCUGCCCUACUACCGGUUCAGCAACAACACGAAGGGCCAGUGUGGCACGUGCACCAACACCACCUCGGACGACUGCAUGCUGCCCAGUGGGGAGGUCAUCGCCAACUGUGAGGUCGCGGCUGACCACUGGGUGGUGAAUGACCCCUCCAAGCCGCACUGUCCCCACACCGGCUUCACCACCAGGCGCCCGGCCGCCUCGCCGUCGGUGGGCAGCAGCGCCACCACCACGUCAGGCUCUCCCUCUCUGCUCUGCGAUCUCAUCAAGGACAGCUUGUUCGCCCAGUGCCAUGCCGUGGUGUCCCCCAAGCACUACUACGAAGCCUGCAAAUUCGACAGCGUUGCCGUGCCGGGCUCGAACGUGGAGUGCGCCAGCCUGCAGACUUACGCGGCCCUCUGUGCCCAGGAGGGUGUCUGUGUCGACUGGCGGAAUCACACCCGUGGGGCCUGCCCGGUGACGUGCCCGGAGCACCGGGAGUACCGGGCCUGUGGUCCCACAGAGGAGCCCACCUGCAAGUCCAGCCCCUCCCAGACGAACAGCACACGCCUGGUGGAAGGCUGCUUCUGCCCGGAGGGCACCACCAGCUACGCGCCGGGCUUUGACGUCUGCGUGGAGCUGUGCGGCUGCGUGGGGCCCGACAAUGUGCCCAGAGAGUUUGGGGAGCACUUCCAGUUCGACUGCAAGGACUGUAUCUGCCUGGAGGGCGGUAGCGGCAUCAUCUGCAGUCUCAAGAAGUGCCGCCCGGAGCCCCGCGUGGAGUGCGAGGAGGACGGCACCUACCCGGUCACGGAGGUCGACCCCGCAGACACCUGCUGCAACAUCACCUCCUGCAAGUGCAAGGCCAGCCUGUGCAGGGAGAAGCCCCCACUGUGCCCACUGGGCUUCGAGGUGAAGAGCAAGAUGGUCCCUGGGAGGUGCUGCCCCCUCUACGCGUGUGUGCCCAAGGGCGUGUGUGUUCACAAGAACGCUGAGUACCAGCCCGGCUCUCCAGUCUUUUCCUCCAAGUGCGAGAGCUGCUUGUGCAGCAACGACACGGACAGCGCCACGCAGCUCAACGUCAUCUCCUGCACCCAUGUGCCCUGCAGCACCUCCUGCAGCCCCGGCUUUGAGCUGGUGGACGCCCCCGGGGAGUGUUGCAAGAAGUGCCAGCAGACCCAGUGCAUCAUCAACCGGCCUGGCCACCAGAACCUGGUCCUGAAGCCCGGGGACAUGAAGAGCGACCCUCUGAACAACUGCACCUUCUUCAGCUGCAUGAAGAUCCACGACCAGCUCAUCUCCUCCGUCUCCAACAUCACCUGCCCCGACUUUGACCCCAGCACCUGCCUCCCGGGCUCCAUCACUCUCAUGCCCAACGGCUGCUGCAAGAAAUGCACCCCUCUCAAUGUGACCAGGACGCCGUGCUCCAUCAUCUCUGUGGUCAGGGAAAUCUCGCACAAUGGCUGCACCAAGCUGGUCACCAUGAACGAUUGCUCCGGGUCCUGCGGGACCUUCGCCAUGUACUCGGCCAGGGCCCAGUCCCUGGACCACAGGUGCUCCUGCUGCAAGGAGCAGCGCACCAGCCAGCGGGAGGUGAUGCUGCAGUGCCCGGACGGGGGCUCACUCCUCCACACUUACACCCACAUCGACAGCUGUCUGUGCCAGGACACAGUGUGCGAGCUACCCUCCCAGCGCAGGGCCCGGCGCUCCGGUCCCAGGGUCCUGAGCCCAUGGCAGGGAUGAGCCGGGAGGGCUCGGCUGCCGAGGCCCCACCUCCACCAUCUGCGCACCCCCCUCCUGCUGACCCUCUGAGCUUCCUCACCUCCUAAGCUGCCUUUUUCUCUGUGGAUAUUUAUUUUCUGAGCCUUUGUUCAAUUCUUUGCUUUCCAAAAUAAA